UGGCGCUCUACAAUGCGCUCUCAGGACCGCAUACUACCGCACUAUAGAGUAUGUCACAAUAGUGCGCUUAUUGUACAAGCAGCAUACUAUCAUACUGUGUAGUAUAAUAGUGCGCGUUUGUAGCCUUGCUUUUCGCCCACGGCUCCGCGUCGCAGGCGCACCGUGUGUUGUGCUCAAUAUUCACCGCCUCUUAUAAACAGGACGGUCUGUUUAACGUUUAGUGUUCGUCACUGGUCCAGUGGAAAUGAACAGACUGUAAGCUUUGGCUAGAUAGUGCCGGGUUUUUAGGGUUUUUUUUUUUUUACAUUUACUAGGAAAGCAGAGACCAUUGUUUUUUGACCAUUGUUUGAACAUUAAGACCAGAAACAUCAUCGCUCCAGAUCAUGGAUCACAGAGAGAACCACAGCAGGUCUGAUGGAGAAUGUGAGUCAGCUGAAGAGGAAGAAGUGGAUCCUCGGGUCCAGGGGGAACUUGAGAAGCUGAACCAGUCCACAGAUGACAUCAACCGAUGUGAGACUGAACUGGAGGAUGCAAGGCAGAGGUUUCGCUUGGUGCUGGUGGAGGCCACAGUCAAGUUGGAUGAGCUGCUGAAGAAGAUCGGCAAGGCUGUAGAGGACUCAAAACCAUAUUGGGAGGCACGGCGUGUGGCCAGGCAGGCUCAGCUUGAGGCCCAGAGGACAACACAAGAUUUCCAGAGAGCUACUGAAGUGCUUCGGGCUGCCAAAGAGACCAUCGCCCUGGCUGAACAGAGAUUGCUGGAGGAAGACAAGCGUCACUUUGACUCAGCCUGGCAGGAGAUGCUGAACCACGCCACUCAGAGGGUGAUGGAGGCCGAACAAACGAAGAGCCGCAGUGAGCUGUUACAUAAAGAGACAGCAGCCAGAUACAGUGCAGCCAUGAGCCACAUGAAGCAGCUGGAGAAGAAACUUAAACGCACCAUCAGCAAGUCCAAGCCUUAUUUUGAACUGAAGGCAAAGUACUACUUGCAGCUAGAGCAACUGAAAACAAACGUGGAUGACCUUCAGACCAAGUUGACAUACUCUAAGGGAGAAUAUAAGACGGCUCUAAAAAACCUAGAGAUGAUCUCAGAUGAGAUUCAUGAGCGCAGGCGCUCCAUUGGAAUGCGAGAGAGGGGAGUGGGGUCAGAGACUGAUGGGGUCACCGGAGAUGAUAUCACCAACUUCAAAAUGGAAUCUGAUGGCAUAUCCAUGACAUCAGAGACAUUUGAGGACGAGAACUGCAGUAACAGCGCCAUGUCUGAGGAGGAUUCAGAAACACAGUCCACAUGUAGCAUGAACUCUGGAGGCAACAGCCCGUUGCAACUGCUGUGCACCUUCUCCUCUUCCUCAUCCCAAUCAUUUACUUCUUCGUCCUCCUCUUUUCCCUCUCCCUCAACACGCCCAUGCAGCCUGGAACUGCCCAGUACUGUUUCUCUGUCAGACUUUGGCCUGAUGUCACCUAUCCUUGGACCUCGAAGUGAAUGCAGUGGCGCCUCCUCACCCGAGUGUGACAUGGAGAGAGGUGAUCGAGCAGAGGGAGCUGAGGAUUUGUUGAACAACACUUUCAAUAACAGCAGCAGCAUUAGCAACCUUAAGAACCGCUUCCAUUUCCUGUCCUUGAAACGUGGGCAGACGGACAACGGCAAAACCACAGAACAUAAACCGCAGAGUAUGGCCUAGAGUCACUAUUACCACAUCAGCGCUUAAUGGGGGCUGAAUUAGCUUAUAUUACCCCAUCACUCUCACCCAUGUUGGCAGCUGUUCAUCUGUCUUUGACUGUACCUAUGAUUCAGCACAACUCAUUUUGCCAGUGAUGUUCUGAAUCUUAAUAGCAGCAUUGAGCAAGAUUCAGUCUCAAUAAGAGUUAUAGGAACAUGUGCAUUUUAAAAAAUGUAUUACAGCACAUUCAUUUAAAAAACUGAGAGGGGAGAAAAAACUUAGUAAAGGCCAACAGAGACAACACCAACAUAGUGAUAGAAGAAGCAGUCAAAAACAGCACUCGGUACCAGAUACAACUGGAUUUUUAAUUGGCUGCUUCCGUAGUGCAAUAAUGGCUCAUAUGCCAUCAUGCUGGAUCGCUGUUCUCCACAAGCCCUUCUGUAAUUGCUUGUCCAUCUACACUUUAAUGUCUGCAUUUCAGCAGCAGCAUGGCCAUUGUAGCGGAAAUGUGCAUGUUGCCAUAUUUGUGUCUUUGUGUUAAUUGUGGACUGUCACCACUGUCACUGAAAAAGCAAUAGAUAACAAUGCAAUGUAUUAGUUCCAGCAAUUGUUUGUAGAUAAAAACAGAACUGAAAGGCAUAUCUUAGUUUUACAAUGCCGAUUAAACUGUCAUUUUUGCAUAUGGGCAGACACUAAGGUGUGUGUGUGUGUGUGUGUGUGUGUGUGUGUGUGAAUACACUAUUGGUGUUUUUUAUGUACUUUGUGUGUGGUAGAUACAUUGUCAUCAAGCUGUGAUUUUAUAUCUUGGUUAUUCUAAUUGUUUCCUGGGUUUUAGUAGCUUGUGUAGUUGUUUUCCUGUUUAAAAUAAAGUAAUAUUCUGACCAUUG